AAUUGUCCUUGAAAUUGAGAUCAGCAUCUUUCAUAUAGCAGAUGUCCAGAAGAUUGUCGAGAGGUCCCACAAUCAAAUAAAUUUGUAGGUGACUUUGAGUGGUUGUGAAAAGAAAAUACCGGCAAUGGCUAAGUUAUAAAAAAUCUCCACCACUUAGUGGUGAUACAACUCUGUGCUCAACUGUACGUAUUGGGUGACGUGUGAUUGUUGUAUCAUAUAAAAGAAAGAGAGAAAGAAAAGAAAUGGUAAAUCUAGGAUGAGGAUAAUGCUUAUGGGUCCCAUGAGUUGCAGCGUUCAAACUGGGAUUUCUCCGAAUCUCGCUGGUUCCUUCACUUUGGUUUGCAAUCCCAAUCCGAGGAGAGUUUCUUCAUUCCUUCCCAGAAAUAGAAGUAGAAUUAGAAUUAGAAGUAGAAGUAUAAGUAGGGUCCUCCUGAUCAUUACUAAACGCCAUUUCAGCAAGAACAGAAUAUUUCAUUCUCAAGCACAACCUCCCCUACUUUCUGCCGAGAGAAGAUGGAAUUUGUCUGUGUAUGCAACCACCUCUCUGGACCUUCCGCUGCUUCCCUUUGGUGUCAAUGACGUUCUUGUUCCGUCGGAGAGUAAAACACUGCAUCUCUAUGAAGCCAGGUAUCUAGCUCUAUUGGAUGAGUCUUUAUUUAGGAAGAACAAACUUUUCGUGCAUUUUGUGUUGGAUCCUGUCGCUGUCAGUGACUCAUCAAGGGAAAUAUCGUUUGCAGCUAGACAUGCUUGUUUAGUUUUUAUUGAGAAUGUCGAGAGAUUGCAGGUGGGGGCAUUAGUUACCAUCAGAGGAAUUGGACGCGUCAAAAUCAUUGAGCUUCUGCAAGUGGAUCCUUAUUUACGUGGCAGAAUUUUAUCUGUGAGGGAUAAUAUUGUUCAAGAUGAAUGUUCGUUAAGUUCAAAAGUGAUGGACGUCAAAAACGUUCUUCAUAAUUUGAAUAGUUUGGAGAUCAAAUUGAAGGCUCCCAAGGAGGUAUUGUUGCAGACUCAAAUACUGAACUCACUUAAUUGGGCUGUAAAGGGUAUAUAUGUGGACAUUGAUCAAAAUUUUGUACCAUCGUUGGCCGAAAGAGUAUCGUUCGCAGCCUUCCAACCAAUUUCAGGAUCAACUAAAUCUGAAUUACAGAGUUUGCAGCUAAAAAAACUCAAGGCAAUGGAUAUGAAGAAUACACUUGAAAGGCUAAAUAAAUCAUUGAAAUUAAUAAAAGAAAAUAUUUCUACGGUGGCAGCCAAACUUGCUAUACAAUCAAUUGAAAUUUAGUAGUCUGAAAACUAUGGCUUGGACAUUCCGUGGUGAUGAUAACCAACCCCAAUCAUGAAAGGUUGUGAAGUUGUCAACGUGGGAGUUCAUUUUACUUUGUUGGCCAUACAUGCAAUCCUAAAACGUAUUUAUGCUAUUUUAAUUAUUUUGUUUUU